AUGGCGGCGCCCAUCGCGGACGGGGCUCCGCCGCCGCCUCCCGGCGCCGCUCCCUAUGGCAACUUCCCGAACUAUUCCCGCUUCCACCCUCCCGAGGAGCGCCUGCGGCUGCUGCCCGCCGGCCUCCUGCGCAGCCUCUUCCCCUCCGAGCCUCGCCCGCUGCUGGGGCUGGACGUGGGCUGCAACUCGGGGGAGCUGAGUGUGGCUCUCUACCGCCACCUGCUGGACCUCCGGGAGGGCGAAGCCAGCCCGGCCCACCCCGCGGGUGGCGAAGACCUGCAGCUGCUGUGCUGUGACAUCGACCCAGCCCUGGUGGCCAGGGCCCGGCAGGGCAGCCCCUUCCCCACCUCCAUCUCCUUCGCCACCUUGGACAUCAUGGAGCCCAGCUCCAGGGCCGCCCUGCUGGGCUCCUACCUGAGCCGCUUCGGCCGCUCCGGCUUCGACAUCGGCUUCUGCAUGUCCCUCACCAUGUGGAUCCACCUGCACCACGGGGAUGGAGGCCUGCAGCACUUCCUGGCCCUCCUGGCUUCCCUCUGCAGCUUCCUGCUGGUGGAACCCCAGCCCUGGAAGUGCUACCGGGCGGCGGCGCGGCGCCUGCGCAGGCUGGGCCGGAGGGACUUCGACCACUUCAGCUCCCUCAGCAUCCAGGGGGACAUGGCCCAGGAGGUCACCCAGAUCCUCACCAGGGACUGCUCCAUGCAGCUGGUGGCUUGCUUUGGCAGCACCAGCUGGGACAGGAGCCUGCUGCUCUUCAAAGCCAACAGGCAGCAGGCCAGGGAGGUUCGGGAGCAGGAGGAGGAGGUGGCAGGGGAGCUGCGGUGA